UUUAUAUGCCACUUGUUAACACAUAGCUCCUUUUUAUGUUCUUCUCACGUGUGUAAUCUGUACUCUCCACGAGAGCUUGGCUGGCUGCUUCUUUGGUUGAUUUCCCCGCGGGGUUGCACUCAUGAUGUACUGAAUGGAAAAAAAACGUUUGAUCUUUUGUGUUUCUGCCCCUUUUGCUCUUUUUCUCCUCUCAUGGGUUACGACAUAUGCCGAUGUCCUUCAACUGAUACUUGAUGGCUUCCCUCGCGGAUUUUCUUUUAUCUCCCUUUGCCCUCAACUCGGUGUCUGGUCCAUGGAAAACCCUUCUCGCUUGAACCCAUGCUCUUAUCGACCUUGCAUACCUUUCGCUUCCUGUACUACUUCUUUCUUGGGGUUUGGCUGGGGACAUCAUUUAUGCAAUCUGGCUGGAUUAGGACACAGGACGGGGAUUCGAGAAUGCAAUGAAUUGAAUUGGGACGGCGUUUGUCACCGGGGAUCUGAUCUGAUGUAUGAAGUAACUGGGCAACGACGGUUAACGCAUCUGAGUCCCGUACUAGCGAGGUGGUUGCUUUGCUGGGUAGCUCAUUUCCGAGAUUGAUCUGGCAUCGCCAUCUACUGUAUGGAAGUUACAGAAGUCAUCACAUCGUAUGGUCUCGACACGAAGCCAUGUGCAACAUUUCCGUUUGGAUCAUGUGAUGAUAGUGAUGAUGUGUUCAGUGGGAGGUCUCCAGUCCGGAUAUAUUG